CCUUGCUGUUGCUGCUCCCACCACCCCCUGCCGCUUCCCCCUCCCUCCUCCUCCCUCUCUCUCUGUCUCUCUCUCACUCACUCCCUCCCUCACCCACUCUCCCUCACUACCUCGUGUUCCCUCACCCUCGACGACAGUGCCUCGCUAACGGAUACAAAAGGAGAUCGCACGUGCUGGGAGGGAAGGGCAUAAGGAGCGGCGGGCUGAUGGUGUGAUCUGUCCGGCGGUGUGGCAGACAGACAGACAGACAGGCGUGCAGGCUACACUACCCUUCCUGCGUGCUCCCACGAACACCGGCUGCUCCUCCUGCUGCUGCAGCAGCCUGGAAAUAACAAUUAUUGUCGUGGAUACCUUGUGACGGAGGAGCCAGCAAGCUAGCCAGCGGGCACCUCCACCACCCGGCCGGCUGCCCCCUCUCUCCACGGGUGUUGAUGGACUGGAGUGAGUCGCAAGUGUUGUGAUGGUGGCGGAGGGUCAGGUCACAGCCACCACGAGGUCACGCCUCAGCUGCUGACCCCAGCUCUAUCCUCUCCUAUCCUUCCCUUCCGUGGUCGCGACAUCCCCCCACCACGACCCCCGCGCCCACAGUAGUCGUGUACCCUCGGGAGUGGCGGCCCGCCCCUCGACAGUGAUGACCAUGGCAAGUUCAGGCAGUGGUGCCGGUGGGACUGACCAGGGGAAGACAGGGGGGUCGCGCGCCCCUCCGCCCUCCGUGGAGGAGCCCCUCCAGCCCCCCGCCGCCGCUACUGCCGCCACCGCCGCUGCUGCCGCCGCCGCUGCCGCCGCAGCUGCGGGGUCUUCCUCUGUGGGCUCUCUGGCCGACCUUCCCAGGGACAGUGAUAACUACCAGGAGAUCAGUAUAAUUGGCAAUGGUGCGUACGGGACAGUCUACUACGCCAGAGACCGCAGCAACCUGGAGCGGGUAGUGGCGCUGAAGAAGAUACGCAUUACGCUUAACGAGGACGGCGUCCCGGUCAACGCCGUGCGGGAGAUUGCCCUCCUCAAACAGCUCGAACGCUUCGAACACCCCAACAUUGUCAGGUUGUUGGACAUCUGCCAGGGAAGAGUGGAGCAGGAGCAGCGCCUCAACCUCGUCCUGGUGUUCGAGUACGUCAACCAGGACCUUUACCACUACCUCAAGGCCUGCCCCUCCCCCGGCCUCGACCAGUCAAGGAUUAAGAGCCUGAUCCACCAGAUCCUGUGUGGCGUCGACUUCCUCCACAGCAACCGCAUUAUUCACCGAGACCUGAAACCGCAAAAUAUUCUGGUUGAUACAAAUGGCCGCAUUAAAAUUGCAGACUUUGGCCUGGCGAGAAUAUAUGAUUUUAAUAUGAGGCUCACAGCAGUGGUUGUUACAUUAUGGUAUCGAGCUCCAGAAAUUUUACUCAGCAAUAGCUAUGCGACACCUGCUGAUGUGUGGUCCUGCGGGUGUAUAUUUGCUGAGCUUUUCCGACGAAAACCUGUGUUUGAGGGUCAUACGGAACCAGACCAACUCCAGAGGAUAUUUGAUGUGAUUGGGACUCCACAUGAGAGUGAGUGGCCACGAGAUGUAUCACUGUCCCGCAGUAACUUCCGUCACCAUCAGGGUAGACAUAUCAAAGACGUUGUUCCAGAAAUCACAGAUGAUGCGGCAGACCUCCUUCAGAAAAUGCUGAAAUUUUUGCCAAGUGUUCGUAUCUCUGCCAUAGAAGCUCUCAAACACCCGUACUUCCGUGGGUUGAACACACCACGAGUUAUGGCCACAAGCAAUAGGUCAACACCAACUCAACAAGUUUUAAGCCCAGCCCCCCUUGCUACAAGUAGCCCUGCCAAUGUGCACCACCACCACCACCACCACCAACGUCACGCAGCUGCUAGUGCUUCCAAUACGGCCAGUAGUAUGGUCGACAAUCCCUCGAGGCAAGCUGCAUUACCCUCUCAGGUAACUGCCAAUGAUGAAAAUAACCCGAAUGCAGGUAACAGUGCCAAUACAAACUCAACAAUAUUAAUAAUGCCAGAACCUAAAAUUACCGAACGUGCCAUCACCACCGCCAACACAUCUACUAACACAGAACCCCCUGCCACAGUCACUACCACAACUCCUGCAGGUGCUGGUGUUGGCUCUUCCCCUGAAAAUAGCUCAAGCACUGUGUAAUUUAUUUUAGAAUUCUAAUUACUAGACAAAAUUAAUCAGAACGGGACCCUUGGUGGUGAUUUAAUAAAGGGCGAGGUUUGAAUGUCUUUAUUUGACGCUGAAAACGGUCAUUGACUAAGUUAUGUUGUGAAAGAGUGACUAUAGAACAAAUGAAAGUUUAUUGUGUUUGCUGAAAAUCAUAAUUUAAAUGGACAGAUCAUUCUUGUACCCCAAGAUGUCUGCAUUAAUUAUUGAAAUCUCAAUAUGUGCAGCAGCUAAGCUUCUUGCAAGUGGUGGUGUUCAAGUUGGCUGCACUGUGUUGUUUAUUACAAACUUUGUGUACAAAUUGAUACCUGUACUGUGAGCAGAACUUGAUAUAUCCCACCUUUAGUGCCUUGCUUUUGGUAUCUCAAAGAUGUCGUAAACUAUUGAGCUCUACUGCGGUAGGAGUUAUGCUCCAUAUUAUGCUUACUAGAAAGUUCCUUGUGUAGUUCUGCUUGUCUUGAAUGUUCUAAUAAAGUGCAAAAAGUUACUGGAUAAAUCAGUCAACUUUACACAUUUGUUUUAUAAAUAAUCUUGUGGAUCACCUUACCUUAGAAGCAUUCCCUCUGACAUUCCCAAGGAAAAAAAAAAAACAUUUCUCAAGCACCAAGUCACUAAGUGGUGCUGGUUAUUUGUUGUGGCAUUUGUUGACUACUGUUUGCUUGUUGAAUGUUUUUUUUUUUUUUUAGUUAAUUGGACACUCUAGUGGAACUACAUACAUUUGUGUUGGACUUCAAUGUGAUUACCAAGUAAAAGCUGAAAAGAAAAAUUUACUGUGUCCAUGCUUUUAGUAACUGAAAUAAAUGCGCAUGAUUCAGUUGAUUGACAUGGUGCUUGUUUUGAACUAAUAAAUGUGCUAAUGCAGAAGCUCAUUAAAUAUUAAUUCUACAAUUUGGUACAAUUGUGUGGAUUAAAUUUAUAUA